AUUUUAUGAUGAACUUGUUAUGUUUUCAAGAUAUCUUUAUUUAAAACGAACAUUAUUAUUAAUUAAUUACCGUAUACAAUUUUAAUACACACAAAAACCACAUCACCAUGCUGAAAGUCCUAAAACACAUCACCGUUGAACCGGUGGCAUUUUUCUACAUGUUUGCCAUAUUUGGCGAGUUCACGUGCACCCAGGACAUGAUCUUUGUCAAAUUAUGCGUUCAAUACUUUAACGACUCACCAUGCACCAUUACCAAAAACAGUAACUCCAGUGCGUUGACCAGUAUCAUGUCGGACAGUUCGGAGCAACUACUUUACAACAAUGUCAUUUUAACCGUAAGCUCCAUAAUAGGUUCGUUUAUAGCCGGGUCAUACGGGGAUCGAUUCGGUCGACUGGUGCCCAUAGCGGCCCCACCGGUGCUCUCACUCGUAGCCCAAAUCCUAUUCAUCAUAUCGGCCGCCAAUAUCCACAACCACUUCAACAUACUGUACGUCAUAAUGAUUGGCUCAUUCCUGGGAGGGAUAUCCGGGGGGUCGGCCGGGCUGUUAGCCAACUCGUUCGGGUUCGUGGCCGACAUAACCUCCCAAAAGCACCGGACGGUUCGCAUCAUAGCCCUCGAGGCAAAUAUAUUUUGCGGCGGUUUUGUCGGCUCUAUACUCACGGGUCUUAUUAUGAAACACUACGACAACACAAAUUACGCCAAAUAUUACAUAUGUUUCGGUAUAUUCGCCGUAAUUCAUGGCCUACUAGUGCUGUACGUGUGGGUACGCGUGCGCACAGUGCAGACCCAGUUGUCCCGGAUCACGGCCGACACGCCUACCGACCAAAGUUUUACCUUAUCGUACGUGUUAGAGAUGUUCACGGGUGUCAUAAAAACGGUCGUACGGCGCCGGGAGGGCAACAAUCGGAAAAUUAUAUACUUAUUAACGCUAUGUUUUAUACUCAUAUCCUAUGGCACCGAGGCCAUGAACGCGCUACUAUUUUUGUACGUACGUAACCGGCCCCUAGAGUGGGACAGUGCCCAGUACUCGUUUUAUAAUGGGUGUAAGUUUGGUGCUACCGGUGCCGCUCUACUCUUACUACCGUUAAUUCAACGUUAUGUAUGGCCUAAUAUUAAUGAUAUUUGGGUGGCUAUUAUUGGUGAGGUAUCGCGUGCAUCAGGUUUGGUUCUCAUAGGUCUAGCCACUACCACCCCAAUCAUGUACGUGUCGGUGCUAUUGUACAUGUGUUGCGAAUACCCAUUACCCACCAUAAGGUCCCUAAUGUCAAAGUUGGUUAGGGUGGAUGAGCGGGGUAAGGUACUGGCAUUUUUGGCAUUGUUUCAGAAUUUGUGUUUCCUGUCCGGUGGCAUACUGUUCCCCAUACUAUACAAGCAUGAGAUCAAUAGGACGGGCGGUUUCUCGGGUAUGGGCUUUGAGAUCGCGGCUGUACUACAGGUGUGCGCUAUUGUCGUGUUUAUGUGA